CUUCUCUCCGCCCGUUGCAAGCCCCAUCGCCUCUUGCCACCACAAGGGACAGAUCAAGAUGGACGAUCAACUCCGUGUCGAGAGGAAAGCUCGCCGUCAGGCCCUGAAUGCUAUCUAUGGGCAGCUCGGUGGACUUGAUCAUCGUUUGUUACCCGCCCAGUUCAAGCAGGUCAAGAUCAAUCACACAAGAAUGCCCCUGGACGCCGAUAAUGCUCCCUAUUACUUCUCUGCCUAUCCAUACCCCAUCGAUGAGCCUGAGUAUGAGUAUCCCGAGGAUGCGGAAGAUUGGCCGGAAUUCGACGGAUGCCCCUACAAGAAUGCCGAACACCUCGCCAUCUGUCUGAACCGGUUCCUCUGCCGUUGCGAAAUACCAGACGAGGGCACUCACCCGCCUCGCUUUGAAAUGUCCUCUUGGGGAAACUUCAACUUCCAAGACCUGGGCUCUGUGACCUUGGGCUCGCAGUGGCAGGUUGAAUCGAUUUGGUACGACGCCAACACUGGAUCGCCUCAUAUGGUGGCCCUCAUGUGGAGUGAACUCGCCCAGCCGCAGAAUGAGGAGCUGUGCCGCGGCGAGGUUGAUGCCGCAAUCAUGAUCAUGCACGGUCGCUUGCGAGACCCCGCGCUCCGUCCCCAUGUUAUUGCCCCCGUCCUGCUGCUCUCAGCCAUUGGGGAGCACUAUCUUCGAGUCAUCGAGGCCUACUUCGACAAGGGCCAGCUUACCAUGCGGAGUACCCCGCUUAUGGACAUGCGCGAGCGGGACCUGGGUUGGCUCAUCGCCUUAGCGAGAUGGUGCUGGGGGGGCCCUAGCAGCAAAAACACCCAACUCAUCAAGUCUUAGCGAAUAUCGGUACGGUCUUUGUUUGGGAUUCUUAGCGGCGUUCUGGAUGGAAGCAUGGGAAAUGUCGGGCUGGGCUUGGGAACCGUUUGAUACCACAACAUCUCUUGAACUGUCCGUGCGCUGAGGCGACACGGGUUCGUGGGA